GUACUAGACGGAGCAGGUUUAGAUGUGGAUUUUCACCUCGUAUCGCCAAAACAUGAGACCAUAGUUUUUGAACAGAGAAAAUCAGACGGUGUCCACACAGUGGAGACAGAGGAAGGUGAUUACAUGUUCUGCUUUGACAACACAUUUAGCACCCUAUCAGAGAAAGUGAUUUUCUUUGAACUGAUCUUAGAUAACAUGGGAGAAGAAGAAGAUGAUUGGGGAAAAUAUGCAACUGGAACAGAGCUUCUAGAUAUGAAGUUAGAAGAUAUUCUGGAAUCUGUUAACAGUGUGAAGGCUCGGCUUGGCAAAAGCAUUCAGAUUCAAAACCUGCUCAAAGCAUUUGAAGCUCGUGAUAGAAAUAUACAAGAAAGCAAUUAUGACAGGGUAAACUUCUGGUCCAUAGUUAACAUGGCAGUAAUGAUUAUAGUGUCAGCUGUUCAGGUGUACUUGUUGAAGAGUCUUUUUGAAGAUAAAAGGAAAACUAGAACUUAACACAAGGGAGUUUCAUUUAAAGCAAUAAAUAAGGGAAUUUGCAAUACAUUUAAGAAAAAAAAGAGAUGGCUAUUACUUCUCAGCUGUUUGGAAUGGAUAAUAACCUUCACAUAGGAAUUUUUUUAAAAAUUACGAACAGAGUGGCUUUUCUCUAACGGUGCAUAAUUUGUCUCUGACACCAUUUGUCUUGCACAGAAUCCUGGAGCAAUGCCAGAUUUUUAACAUUUGUAAUUAUGUCUACUUUUUGCCUAACUUUUUUUAAAAAAGUAAAUGAUUUGUUUCAUAACCUUAUAAAGAUAUGUUUUCAGUAUUUUAAUGACCAGUCGAGUAGAAAUGCUGAAAAUAAGUCUGCUAUUAGAUAGCUUGUUAAAAUAAAGCUUCUUGUCAUUUGUACUAAGACAUUUUCAAAAUGAAUGAAUAUUUGAAAGGCACUUGUUCCAAACUCCAGCAGUUCACAGACAUUAAUAUUCAAUAGGUGGAAUAAAAUCAAGUCUAUAAAGCAAAGUUGUAUUGGUUCAGUAGUAUCAGCUACUUUGGUCCAAAUUUGGAAGUCAAUAUAGUGAAUCACUUAGUAAUAAUUCAAAAUGAAAACUAUGUAAGAUUAUAUAGUUUUCAUUUUGAAUUAUUACUAAGAUUGAUUCACUAGAAGAAACUUUUUGUUCAAAUGCCAUACUCAAUUAUGUUUUGAAAACUAACGUUUCUUCUCAAAAUUUUAUGUAGAAUUUUAACUUUGGAGACCCAAUAAAGGAGAAUAUUUGUAAUCGGGAUUGAAAUGAGGGGUCCUUGAUGCUGAGUUUGGUUGUUUUCUUGCAGA